AUGUAUCCAUCUGAGGGAAGUGUUGACCAGAAGUACUUCACUCCAGCUUCUUCUGCCACAGCCCCACCUCUCACACAAUUCGAUUCAGCUCCGGCCAUCGGCAUUCCAGUGAGUUCAGGAAACCAGACGUACAGUUGGAUUCCUCCCACAGCUGCUGCUCCACCUCCACCUCCACCUCGCCCUCAAGCUCCAGUUCCUUGGUCCACCGGCCUUUGCUGCAGCGGUGGGGAUAUUAGCAACUGGUGUAUAACAUGUUGGUUUCCAUGUAUUACCUUCGGCCAAAUCUCCGAGAUUCUCGAUAGAGGAUCCCCUUCCUGCGUUGCAAAUGGAACAAUCUAUGCACUUCUCAGACACUUCACAGGCUUGCAAUCCUUGUACUCUUGUUCCUAUCGGUCUAGAAUGAGGCAGCAAUAUAACCUGAAAGGGAGUUCCUGUGGGGAUUGCUGCAUUCAUUGCUGCUGUGAGCCAUGUGCCUUGCGCCAAGAGUACAGAGAGCUCAAGAUCCGUGGAUUCGACAUGUUCAUUGGAUGGCAUGGUAAUGUGGAAAGGCAGAACCUUGCAGCAAUGAUGCCUCCUAUUCUGCAACAAGGAAUGAUUCCAUAA